UAUAACCUGCAAAUAAAGCUCACAAUGGUUCCUGGAGCUUUGGCUUAUUCUAUUUUUAAAACUUUAUCUAAGUCAAGUCAACCUUUUUGUAAUAUAUUAAGGCGUCAAAGUCCAAAAUUACUUGGAUUUCAAUUUUAUGCAACUCAUAAGCGAUUUUAUCGUCGUACUGAUAUUAUUCAAAAUGAAGAUAAAUGGGAAAUAACAUUGGACCAUCGGAGACUAAAAACUCCUAAUGGGAAAGUGCUCAAAGUUGAUAGUGAACAAUUAGCAAGAGCCAUUGCUGCUGAGUGGGACUCACAAGAAGAGAAUAUAGCUCAGCCUUCUAUGCACUUGACUGCACUAUGCAACACAGCAUUGGAUAAUCCAGGAAAAUUAACUUCACAUGAUAUAACAACAUAUUUACUGGAAUAUCUAAGCACGGACACACUUUUUUUUCAUUCAGAUGAAGAAAAAGAUUUGAGAGUAUUACAAGAACAAAAGUGGGGACCAGUUUUAGACUGGUUUCAGAACAGAUUUGGUAUAAAGCAAGAAAUAUCGCUUGGUCUAGAACCUCCUCCAGUCAGCCUCAAAACAAGAGAAGUGUUGGCGCGUCAUUUUCUAUCAUAUGAUUUCGCAGCUUUAAAUGCUUUCACAUUUGGAAUGGAGGCAUUAAAAUCACCAGUUCUAAUGUUGGCGUGCGUCGAUCGGUACUUAGAACCGACUGAGGCUGUAAUGCUCGCCCGUCUUGAAGAGGAAUAUCAGUUGGUGCGGUGGGGUCGCGUGCCGUGGGCGCACGAACUGAACCAGGCCGAGCUGACAGCGCGUGUAGCAGCCUCAUGCCUCGUUAUACAGUCCUGCGUCGAGAAACAUUCCCUCUCCGUAAAAAAUCGUAGCGAACAAGGAUCUUAAAUGUAUAAUUUUGUUAUGUAGUCAAUUUAAAUUAUUAAAGUGAUCGUAAAUUA